UCCGUAGUUUGCAACCGCUAGAGUACUGCACAAAGCUUGGGCACGUUUUGAUCUGCUGUUUAAAGCCAACCGACAUCAUGAGUUUAAAAUUUUGUGUGCUAACAUUUUUUCUUUUUACUCCAUUGGUGGCAGUCAUCGCUGAUGCAGGAAAUGAAUACGAAUCAGAAUGCAGCAAACCAUCAACGACUACCAUUUUCCCCGUGGUUCCAGUUGCACCGGUGAAUUCUUCCUUUCGCACCGAUAAUCUGACCCGCGCCGAAUGUCUGGAUUACCUUGCUUUGUCCGACAACGGGGCUACGAUUUGCAGGAUUUUCGCCCUGCAAGAAGACUGCAACGAUUAUCCAGAAACAAGGAUUCAGACAAGACAAGUCAGAAAAGGAAGUAAAGACAAAUUCAGAAAAGACAAGGAUUCAGUGCAUCCGACAUCCCGGACAUACAUCACAGCCAGCUGUCCGACAAGCGAUCGUGCCGCUGUCAGCCAACUAACCACGAGUAUCAGUGCUAUUAGCCCGGAACGCGCUGUCAUCCUUACGCUGCACGAACGAACGGACGCGCAUGACCAGGUGCAUUAUGACGUCAUCAACCCGGUGCGCUACCAGGUGAUCGAGCUGGUGCACAUAAACUGCGCCACGCCGACCAUAACCUCAAAGCUUUACAAUGUUGGUACCCUGCCCAGUCUGGUGACACUGAAAUUUCAACUCUGCCGGAAUUUGGUCAUCCACAAAAGCGAUUUCUCCCGGAUGCAGCAGGUUCAAUGGAUCAGCUUUUUCUUGUCCACAAUCGCGGCGUUGGAACCCUAUACCUUCACCGAUUUGCCGCUUCUGAAGACUUUGUUGCUGGAGAACGGACUCGGUGCGGAGCUGUAUAUGCUAUCUGAGGAGGCGGAUCCGCGCUGGCGUACCAACCCAUCGCCGUUAAGCUAUGCCGACUUUGAUACCGUCCGACGACUGCACUGUGACUGCUCCUUUGUCUGGCUCCGUAACUUCCUCACGCGUCAUCCGUUUCUAAUGGCCGACAAACGGAGUGGCGAGUUCGCGAUUAUCGGAAACUACAUGUCGCCAUGGGUUAACACGGAUGCCGUGUGGCCCGUUGGGCUUAGCGUGGAUUGUGCCCGGAAUCUAACGUACGCGAGCGCUCGUGUCGGUCCAUUGUUUUCCUAUAAUACCUCGUGCUAUACACCGUGCUAUCAUUCUUGAAAAGUUGCUGCAAUAUUUGUAUGGCACCAAGUACUGGCAGUACAGACAGUAUCUAUACUGGAAGUACUGGCAGCUCUGAAACGGUGUAUGGAAUCAUGAAUUCUUUUUUAGUUUCAGUAAAACGUUAUUAUGGAAUCAACUAUGGAUUAAAAUUGGAAA